AUGAAGAGAUUUCAACAUCUUGGGCAAGAGGUUAACAUUGAUCAGAAAAUCUUUUUAGAGGCUGAUGACGAUUCUUGGGGCAAUGCUACCAAGAACACAGAGAGAACUUGUUUUGCAAGUUCUUUAAUUACAUUGGGAUUGGGCUAUGUUACUUGGUUGCACCUUGCAUUAGAUGAAACGGCAAAGUGGAGGGUUCCAAAAAAUUCUGAGAAACAGGGAGAAUUAUGGCAAGAACAGAGGUCUGAGGGUGAUGGUGAAAGGAGGAUGAUUAUCGAUGGUGAGACUUCAGGUGCAAGGGUUGAUUGGAGAUAG